AUGGAAGUGGAAGAAGAAGCAGGCAAAGAAUUGCUUGACGAAUGCUGGGAGAUGAUCUUUAAUCGUCUUAAACAUGAAAGUGACCAAGAAUCAAUCACUUUAGUCUGCAAGAGAUUUCUGUCAAUCUCAAAUUCCUUACGAGUUAGCAUAAAUUUCUCAGGUUAUACACCAAUCACAGUCCUCUGUUGGCUACUGAAAAGAUUCUCGAACCUUAAGAAGAUACAGGUCUGUAACUUCGAAGGAGACAUGGAUGAAGCUGUUCUAGCGAUUGCACGGUCUGGGUUGGACUUGGAAGAGUUGGUUGCUUUGUCAUAUUGUCGAAGUCACCCAAAAGUUUGGUUAGAGGAGCUGGGUUCAAACAUGAAGAAUCUGAAAGUACUCAAGUUUACUGGUGGAGAAGGGGAUGCUGAUUUUGUCAGAGUAGCAGACGCAUUCCCACAGCUCGAGGAACUAUUUAUCAAGGAUGAAGCACCGUAUAUCAUUUAUGUGACUGAUAAAGGGAUGGAUUAUAUAUCAUCCAAGCUCAAGAGAUUACGCAAGAUAGACCUUUCAAAUAAAUCACGGAUUUCAGAUAAGUCCCUUAUUUCUCUGUCAAAAAACUGUCCAUUACUAGAGCAAAUUGAAAUUCAUGAUUGUAACUCUGUGACACAAGAAGGAAUUUCAUUCCUUGUUAACAACAGCCAUCAUUUGAACUCAUCAUACAUAUGUAAACAUCUUAAGAUUGAUUCAUUUGGAGUCGAAGGCUCUACUAAUAUCCUAACCAACUUACGAUCUCUAAAGCUCCAAUAUGUAGACAUACUGGAUGAGUUUCUCUUUUCUAUAAUAGAAGCACGGAUUCAUCUUACUGACUUGGCUCUAACAGAUUGCAAAAGCUACACUUUUACUGGGAUCUCAAGGCUCCUACAACACUCUUCUCAAUCUCUUAAAUCUUUAGAGUUGGGGAGAGUAGAAUUCCUCACAAAUGAGCAUGUAGAGUACUUGUCGUCUUUUCUCCAAAACCUGACAUCAAUCACACUCUUUAACUGUUCCAAGCUAUCUGAUUCAGCUUUUGUUAUGAUCACACAAAGAUGCCCUCGUCUAUGCUAUUUUGUGAUGACUGGUUCAAGCUUCGUAAGAGAUGAAUACAAUUAUGAUGGCUUAAUUAAGAAGAACCGUGCAAUAAAGUACUUGGACCUAUCAUCUCACCAUGAAUUUAGGCCUACAGCUCUUAAAAGGCUUCUUAACAUAUGUCCCGAAGUAGAGAAGCUCAAGAUACAUGGUUGUUAUCUCCUACCCAAUGAUCAAUUGAAUGUUCCUGAUAUUCUAGAGUGCAACAGGAGCCUUGUGGAACUGAAUUUUAUCGGAUCCCAUCAUAUCACUGUAAAAGACAGGGAGUUGGAGUUGGAGUCGUCAGUGUUAGAGAAAUUGAUUGUGAAAUUUUCACUUAUAAAUGAUAUAUUUCUUACAAAGUUGGGGAGGAUAUGCCCCAGAUUGAUUCACCUGGAUCUGUCGUAUUGCAGUAAAGUGACAGAAGAUGGGGUAAUGGAAGUGGUAAAAUCGUGUAAGCGACUGAGAUACUUGAGCUUAAGUCGCUGUGAAAAAGUGGAUAUUAACAUAAUACCAUGGAUAGUUGCAAACGGACCAUCCUUGAGAGAACUGGUGUCAUCAUCUCGCAACUACCCAGACGACAAAAAUCAGAAACUCUUCCUGCAGCAAGGCUGUCUUGUUCUCAAGGAUCCAAACUACCCCUUAAAUAAUGAAGAUGAGUUUAUGUGUAACAUGUUAUAG